CUUCGUCGCCGCCCGCGGGCCUGUCCGCUGCCCGCCCGGCAGUCCCAGCUGCCUAGCCGCCAUGUGACCGCGCCGCCGCCCUCCGCGCGCCCGGCCCGCCCGCCGCCCGCCGCCGCCGCCGCGCGUCCGCGGCCCGGCCGCAGCCCCAGGCCACCGAGGAGCGGGGGGCCGGCGCCAUGGCCGAGCGGGGCCGUCUGGGCCUGACCGGCCCGCCUGCGGCGCUCAACACGCCGGUGCCCAUGAACCUGUUCGCUACCUGGGAGGUGGACGGCUCCAGUCCCAGCUGCGUGCCCAGGUUGUGCAGCCUGACCCUGAAGAAGCUGGUGGUCUUCCAGGAGCUGGAGAAGGAGCUCCUGUCGGUGGUGAUCGCUGUGAAGAUGCAGGUGAGGCCACAGGCCAGGCUGUGCCGGCGCCCUGCUGCCCAGGGCUCCAAGCGCAUCCUGCGGUCCCAUGAGAUCGUGCUGCCCCCCAGUGGACAAGUGGAGACUGACUUGGCACUGACCUUCUCCCUGCAGUACCCCCACUUCCUGAAGAGGGAAGGCAACAAGCUGCAGAUCAUGCUGCAGCGGAGGAAGCGCUACAAGAACCGGACCAUCCUGGGCUACAAGACGCUGGCCGUGGGCGCCAUCCACAUGGCCGAGGUGAUGCAGCGCCCCCCCGAGGGCGGCCAGGUGCUGAGCCUCUGCAGCAGCGUCAAGGAGGCCUCUGCCAAGGUGGCUGAGAUCUGGAUCUUCUCCCUGUCCAGCCAGCCCAUCGACCAUGAGGAUAGCGCCAUGCAGGCUGGACCCAAGGCCAAGUCCACAGAUAACUACUCUGAGGAGGAGUAUGAGAGCUUCUCCUCCGAGCAGGAGGCCAGCGAUGAUGCCGCGCACGGGCAGGACUUGGAUGAGGACGACUUUGAUGUAGGGAAGCCCAAGAAGCAGCGGCGAUCGAUAGUAAGAACGACGUCCAUGACCAGGCAACAAAACUUCAAGCAGAAGGUCGUGGCCCUGCUGCGCAGGUUCAAAGUGUCCGACGAGGUCCUGGACUCGGAGCAGGACCCCGCAGAGCAGGUCCCCGAGGUGGAGGAGGACCUGGACCUGUGUGACACGCUGGACGCAGAGAACCCCAGUGACAGCGGCCCUGACACGGAGGAUGAUGACAGCGUCCUCAGCACCCCCAAGCCCAAGCUCCGGCCGUACUUCGAAGGCCUGUCCCACUCCAGCUCGCAGACGGAGAUCGGGAGCAUCCACAGCGCCCGGAGCCAGAAGGAGCCUCCGAGUCCGGCUGACGUGCCGGAGAAGACGCGGGCCGUGGGCGGCAGGCCGCCCAGUGACAGCAUCCCCGACUCGGUGGCCCACCAGAGCACUCCAGCCCCUGCGGAGCCACUGGCUCAGCCCGAGGACAGCCCAGAAGCGGAGACCUCCACCCUGGACGUGUUCACCGAGAAGCUGCCGCCCAGCGGACGCAUCACCAAGACCGAGUCUCUCGUCAUCCCCUCCACCAGGUCUGAGGGGAAGCAGGCUGGCCGCCGGGGCCGGAGCACGUCGCUGAAGGAGAGGCAGCCGGCGCGGCCACAGAACGAGCGGGCCAACAGCCUGGACAACGAGCGCUGCCCGGACACUCGGAGCCAGCUGCAGAUCCCCAGGAAGACCGUGUACGACCAGCUCAACCACAUCCUGGUCUCCGACGACCAGCUGCCGGAGAACAUCAUUCUCGUCAACACCUCCGACUGGCAGGGGCAGUUCCUGUCGGACGUCCUGCAGCGGCACGCACUGCCCGUGGUGUGCACCUGCUCCGCGGCCGACGUCCAGGCGGCCUUCAGCACCAUCGUCUCACGGAUACAGAGAUACUGCAACUGCAACUCCCAGCCGCCGACGCCUGUGAAGAUCGCGGUGGCAGGGGCGCAGCACUACCUCGGCGCUGUGCUGCGGCUCUUUGUGGAGCAGCUGUCCCACAAGACGCCAGACUGGCUGGGCUACAUGCGCUUCCUGGUCAUCCCACUGGGCUCCCACCCGGUGGCCCGGUACCUGGGCUCCGUGGACCACCGAUAUCACAACUUCUUCCAGGACCUGGCCUGGCGGGACCUGUUCAACAAGCUGGAGGCCCAGAGCGCCGUGCAGGACACACUGGACAUCGUGUCAAGGGUCACUCAGUACAUCGCAGGGGCCAACUGUGCUCACCAGCUGCCCAUUGCGGAGGCCAUGCUCACCUACAAGCAGAAGAGCCCUGACGAGGAGUCUUCGCAGAAGUUCAUUCCCUUCGUGGGGGUGGUGAAGGUUGGAAUUGUGGAGCCGUCCUCAGCCACGUCAGGAGACUCCGAUGACGCGGCCCCCUCUGGCUCCAGUGUGCUUUCGUCCACCCCGCCGUCCAUGUCUCCUGCCGCCAAGGAAGCCUCACCCACCCCUCCCUCCUCCCCAUCUGUGAGCGGGGGCCUGUCAUCCCCCAGCCAGGGUGUCGGUGCCGAGCUGAUGGGGCUGCAGGUGGAUUACUGGACAGCAGCCCCACCCACAGACAGGAAAAGAGAUGCGGAGAAGAAGGACCUGCCCACCGCCAAAAACACGCUCAAGUGCACCUUCCGGUCCCUGCAGGUCAGCAGGCUGCCCAGCAGUGGCGAGGCUGCAGCCACGCCCACCAUGUCUAUGACAGUGGUCACCAAGGAGAAGAACAAGAAGGUGAUGUUUUUGCCCAAGAAAACCAAGGACAAGGACGUGGAGUCCAAAAGCCAGUGCAUCGAGGGCAUCAGCCGCCUCAUCUGCACCGCCAAGCACCAGCAGAACAUGCUGCGGGUCCUCAUCGAUGGCGUGGAGUGGAAUGAUGUGAAGUUCUUCCAGCUGGCAGCCCAGUGGUCCUCCCACGUCAAGCACUUCCCCAUCUGCAUCUUCGGACACUCCAAGUCCACCUUCUAGCCCCGCCCGCCGCCCUCCAUGGCCAAGUCCUGGAGGGCACAGCCGCUUUUCUGUUAACAUUGCAGUUUACUACGGAGAGAGGCCUUGAAAACACAAAGAGAAACCGUCUUAAGUGUGAACGUGCUCACAACCUGGAAACUAACGGUGGCCCCCCCACUGGGGGUCCCCUAACUGCUCUGCUUAUUAACCAGAAUGCUCCGGCAGGCUGGGGGCCAGGCGGCAGUGCCGGGCUGCGGUGUCACGGUCAGUGCACUUCAGCCUGUUUGCCUCCCCCAAGAAGGAUGCUUGCCUUUGAGACCUGCCCUCCCCGGAAGCCAGGACUCUGCUUCCCUAGGGAGCCCGCUCCGGCAGGUGGCCCGUGUGCCCAGAUGGAGCUGGGUGCCAGAGGCCAACAGCCAGCCCCCUGCCAGGGGCAUGCUGAGCGAAACACAGAAGCCAGUGAGCCCGGCCCUGGGCCCCAGCCGCCAACCAGCCAAGUGGCCCCAGCACCACUCACCGGUGGUUCUUAAUAAACUCCAGCCUGGGGCAGUGGAGGUUUUACAGUAUCAGGUAUUUUUCAUGCCUUUAAAUACAUGUUACAACGUAGCUGCCAA